GUUUGCUCCAUACGAUCACAAUCUUGCAAAUACGGAGACGGUCAUUGACGCGGCAACGACUCAAUUGAGACACCGUGUCAGCUCUAUGCGAAUCGAUUCUUUUCUUUCCCUCUUUUGUUCUCCAUUUUGACUUUUUCUUAACCUUUCUUCUGCCAGAAUCCUUUCCAGCCCGUGGCACGCUCUUCUCAUACAACAGCACCCAAAUUAUGCUUCAUAGAUAAUCCUCAAAUCCCGUAUCCAUUUCUCUCACUGCUGAAAUGGGAGAUCACGGUCGCGUGGCCGAGAUUCUCGGUCGAAUCGCCUAUGAAUUUUCUCUCAUCCAACCGUUUCUACCAACCUAUUUGCAUCUUCUCGCAUCCGCUCUCUUUCCAAUCUACGCCGGCUCUCAUGCCUCUCUUUCCAGACCGACAUCUGCAGCAAAGCGAGGAGAACACAGAUCUGCUGGAAAAGUGGACACAUCUCACGACAGCGAGGACGAGAGUGACGAAGAUGAGACCGAAGAAGUUGUCCAAAAGCUAGAAGGGUUUUCGCCUUCCGAUGCCAUUACUAUACCAGUGUUUGCAGGAACUGUCUUGGCUGGGCUCUACUUUCUUAUCAAAUGGCUGAAAGAUCCUUCUAUCAUCAACAAGCUUUUGAAUUGGUACUUUUCCGUGUUUGGUGUCUUCACGGUUGCCCGACUCGUCGGAGACACUCUUAAAAUCUUGACGUCCUUUGUCUUUCCGAAACGCUGGGCUGAUGGUGGCAUGAUCUGGCGCAUUAGCAAGGAGCGCAACAAGAUUGUUAGAGCGGAAGCGCCCUCAGAAAGUCAUUCAGUCUCCCAAAAUGAACGCUCAACGCCGCUCCCAGGCCGACUCUCCAGACUUUCUUUAUCGUCGCAGCCUUCCCGCCUCCUGUGGCUUGUUCGAUCACUUCUAACUGAGCAUUGGACGCUGAUAGCAUAUACCCGGAUCUUCAAUGAGGCUCUUUUCGCAAAAAUGGCAUUUGGGAUUCAAGAUGUCACUGGCUUCGUGGUUGGGUUGGCUGUGGUUGUGUACUACAACACCAUGAACACCUCUUGGUUCCUGACAAAUCUGAUGGGGUUCGGCUUUUCAUAUGGAGCUCUCCAACUCAUGUCACCCACGACUUUUUGGACCGGAACCUUGAUUCUCGGAGCUCUUUUCUUCUACGACAUUUAUUUUGUCUUUUUCACUCCCAUCAUGGUCACGGUUGCCACAUCUCUCGAUAUUCCCAUCAAGCUUCUUUUCCCGCGCCCUGCUGCGCCGGGAACUGAUCCGAGCAAAACUAGUUUAGCUAUGCUCGGGCUAGGCGAUGUCGUGCUUCCAGGAAUCAUGAUUGGCCUGGCCCUUCGAUUCGAUUUGUACAUGCAUUACAAAAGGAAGCAGACUAGGCAAGUCAAGCGUGAUGAUGGAAAUGGUGCUACAUCUCCAGAAAAAGAGCCAGACCACUCAACGUUGAUCAAAGCCAAAUAUGUAUGUGCUACGGGAGGCUGGGGUGAACGAUUCUGGGUCGGCCGGUCCGGGGCUGCCUCGCAGGAUGGAUCUUUCUCUAAGCCUUACUUUCACGCGAGUUUAGCUGGCUACAUCCUUGGUAUGAUUGCCACCGUCGGCGUCAUGCAGAUCGCAGGUCAUGCUCAGCCCGCUCUGCUGUAUCUUGUCCCGGGAGUGUUGGGGGCGAUAUGGGGAACUGCUCUUGUUCGAGGUGAAAUCAAAGAAAUGUGGAACUUUUCAGAGGCUGGUGAAGACAACACUUCCGAAAAACAUAAGAAAGAUGAGGAAAAGGAAUCGGCAUCUGCAAAAUCGCCAGUGCAGCGUGAACAGGAGAAAGAAUCGUCCGAAGAGGGCGAGAAGUCGCGGAAUGAUGGGGAAAAAGCUGUGUCUAGUGCACGGAACAAACACGGCAAAGAUCGUCCGGCGAAAUUUUCUGCCAAACAAUUCUUAAAGGAGCGAGCUGAGAAGAAUGAUCUGGUUUACUUCACUAUUACCGCUCCACGUCUCACGACACCCUCAACGACAAAAUCGCCCGAGACUGCUAACGCAAAGGAAAAGGCCGGAGCCCGUCCCCUCACACUCGAAGAAGAGCUCAGCCUUGCUGCAAAAGAAGAAAACGAUUCUGAUGCACCUUGCACGAGCAGCAAGCAUCCUCACUCCAUCGACGCAAUCACUGAUUGGGAUUAUAUGCCCGCAGCAAAGCGUAUGAGGAUCUCAAACCGCAACCUUAAAUGAGAUAUUUGCUACAAGGAUUGAAGUCGCAAAAAUUAGAGUUUUCAAAGGCGUUGGUUUCUCGAAGGAAGCUAUUCUCCUUACCUUUAAAAUUGUGCUCGACUGAUGUAAUAUCGCAUUAUUGCAUCCUGUAGUAUCGUUGCACGGCAUAGCAUAGCAUAACAUAGCGAUUUUCUUUAGCCAGAAGACCA